AUGGGUGACACGGCGGGGUCGACGGCCGCCACCAAACCAAAUGUGCUCAUCAUUGGAGGCCUUGGCUACAUCGGACGCUUCCUGACCAACUACAUACACGCCAAUUCGCUCGCCUCGACACUGAGGAUAGUAGACAAGCAACUGCCGCAGCUGGCCUCUCUGGCCCCCGAACACAAAGAUGCCUGCAGCGACAACUUCAUGCAGGCCGAUGCCUCACGACCACAAUCCCUGAGCCGUGUCUUCGACCUGCCCGACGGCCAGUCCUUCGACUAUGUCUUCAACUGUGGUGGUGAGACCCGCCACUCUCAAGACGACGAGGUCUACAAGCUGCGCUCCUACGAGCUGUCAAUCAGCGUCGCAAAGGAGGCCGCCCGUCGCAAUGUCAAAGCCUACGUCGAGCUAUCCACCGGCCACGUCUACGACAGCAAACGCGACCCACCACGCAAAGAGACAGACAAACUCAAGCCCUCGCUCAAACAAGCAAAGUGGAAGCUACAAGCCGAAGAAGACCUCAGCAAGAUCCCAAACCUGCCUCUCGUCAUCCUCAGACUGCCCAAUGUCUACGGACCCUACUCCGGACAAUGGAUGGGCACUCAAUUGGCCCUCGCCCGCGUAUACCAAGGCAUCGAGAAAGAGUUGAAAUGGCUAUGGGGUCCUGAAUUGCGCACCCACACCGUCCACAUUGAUGAUGUCGUACGCGCUUGCUUCACCGCUGCCGACUGGCGAGCAAACCAAGCACAACCCGGUGCAGCUGCCGACAGUGCUCCGCCCACACCCACCUCUCCCUCUCCCAAGAAGGGUCCCUCAUCCUCGGCCUCGGUCUUCAACAUUGUCGACAAGGGUGACACGAGCCAAGGCACAAUGUCCGAGAUCACAAAGGCUCUCUUCGGCAUCGAAACAGGCUUUCAAAACGUCCUCAUCAACACUUUUGCACGUUUCAAUCUCGAGUCUGUGGUGGAUGAACUCAACGACGAGACUCUGGAUCCUUGGGCUGAACUACAAGAAAAAGCUGGUCUCGAUGGUGGUUCUGGCCCUCUGAGUCCCUUCAUGGAGAAGGAGCUGCUGCGUGAGGCUGAUCUCUGCCUUGAUGGCACGAAGUUCGAGCACACCGUUGGAUUCAAAUACACCCACGAAAAGUUGACAAGACAAGAGGUCGAAUCAGUCAUCGAGAGCUACAAGCGCAUGAAGUGGUGGCCUUAG